AUCAGUUGUGUGUUUGUCGACGGACGCUAGUUCAAAUAUUUAAAUAUUUUUAACAAUUUAAUUCGUUCGGCACGUGUUUUUUUUGUGAUCGUUAAUUUUACGCAUAUUCGAGUUAUCAAGAAUAAUCUUUUAGUUUUUUUACUAUCGACGUAAUUGUGAAAUAAAUAAUAUUUAAUUUUUGAAUUGACAAAUUCUUUUUAAUAGUUUUUGACGAGCGUCGUAUUACAGUAUGGCGGUCGCGUUUAAAUGCAACGGUCAAAAAUAACGAAUUGUUGUGUGUAAAGUAUUACGUGUUAUACAUUAAUUUGUUAAACAUUUAUUAAUUUUGUUUGUUAAAAUAUUAGAAGCAAAUAAAUAUAAGAAAUAGGUUAUUUCAAGUAUUAGUACCACGUUUCUCUAUUUUGGAAAUAACUCUUGGUCAUUCAUCCAUAAAAAGGACUAAAAGAGAAAGUCACGAACAAUGGACCCUUGGAUUCAGGAAUCUUAGAACUUUGAAUUCAGAGAAUGUUAGAACGUGCUAAAGCAAGAGGAGAAAAAUUGAAUAUGCAAUUGUCCAAUGCUGGCCAUGAUGUUAGAAGACGACGAAGUCCUUUAAAAGAUGCCAAUGCAAUAAUAGCACAAGCAGCAGUAAACAAUAAUAAAAGUCCUGCAAAAUCUCCAAUAAAAUCGAAGAAUGAAGAAUCUCCUAAAAAAUCAGCAAGGAAGUGUAGUCCUCAGAAAGAAACAGUCGAAGAUGAAAAAGAAGCGAAACAAAUUGAUAAAGAAAAUGGUGAAAUAGGUAUAAGCAAUGUUAAGUCGAAGCUACAAAGACUGGGCAAGCUGUAUUCUGAAGACACUUGUGAAUUAAGUUCACCAAUUCACAAGACAGAAGAGAAAUUUUAUGCUGAAGAAAAUAAUCAAACAGAAUUGAAAUCAGCCAAAAAAGGUGCCAGACUCGACAGAUUGGCAGCUCUUGCUUCGACCAUUAAUAAUUGGGAAGAUGAUUUGUCACAUCCAGUUAUUGCAAAAACAUCGUCUAACAAGGCAGAACAAAUACAAGCUAAAUUUAAUGAUAAAGUGAAGAAUACGACAGAACCACAGCCAAGUACAAGUGGAUGCAGUAAAUGGAAUAGUGGUAAUAAUUCUGAAGGAAGUUCGACCAAACAAUUGAAAUGGGACAAAUCUGUUUUACAGAGCUUGGAAACCGGAGGAGGAUCGUCAAGUUCUUCACCCAAAAAAGAGAAAAAUAUAUCAAGUUCGAAACUAAACGUUGUAUUAGAAGGCAAGGUGACGAAUGAUGACAAUGUGCAUAAAAGUGCAAAUAGGACAACUAAGGAGAAUGCAAAUUCAAAUACACCAGAAAAGACAGUAAGAACUACAAAUGCAAAUACAAACAAUUCUAGAAUAACAUCUAGACUUGGUUUUAAUGGUUCACCCAAGAGUCCGAUAUCUGGUUCAUCACCUGGUUCUGUAUUGAGUAAAGCUUCCAUGUUUGAAUCACGAAAUAAUGAUACUAAGGUAAAAGAUCCAGCACAGAUGAGCCUUUCUGAAAGAAAAGCUCUUUUCGAGAAGAACAAAGAUGAAGCUCCGUUAAUCCCAAAAGCACCACUUACUAUGUCUAUACCACCCAGUAAAUUACACGAAAAAGAGACAUCUAAUUCGCCACAUGGACAUGGCGCAGAUCCGUCAGCAAAUAAUCGUAAAGUUGAAAAUUCGAAUAGAGUCGUAACUCAGCGUGCAAUAUUUGAACAUGGUCACACACAAGAAUUGGAAAACAAUAUAUUGCGUUCUGCACAAAUUGAAAGACAAAAAGAAUUAGAUAUGUUACGUUCACGUUUCAAUACCAAUAAGGAAAUAGCACAAGCAGCUGCUGGUUCCUGUAUCAGAACAAGCGAAAGUAGCGAAGGGAAAUCUAAUUCACCAAAGAAUUCUCCUAUUUGUCCAGUUAAACCUACACCAGCACUCCCACCUCCACCACCACCACCUCUUCCACAAUCAUCAAAUUCGAAUCAGAAACAUCAUUCAGAGCAAGAAAAAUCUUCACCAGUUAAACGUCAAGGAAAUUUGCCAAAAGUAGCACAAAAUGUGACUUUAUCGGAUGUUAAACGCAUACGUGUAUCCCCUCCGAAACCUGGACACCUAUAUCCUUCACUUUCAGAUAUUGAAAGCAGUACAGAAACGGAGACAGAGUACACCGUUGAUAGCACAGAACCAAUAACCGCUACUUUAGAUGAAAACACUACUGAGAGUGAAUCAGUUACGGAAGCUGAAUAUUAUAUUGAAAGCAACGAAACCCAGUUAGAUAGCGAAGAUGAAAUCGAAGAUGAAGUCGAAGAUGUAAAUACUAGCUUGGGAAGAAGCAUUUUACAUGAAGUUAAUCGAAAAAUAAUAAGAAACAAGAAGAGAUCGAUUGAACCUGAUCCAGAUAGUACGACAUCUGAUAUAUCUGUAUUGGAUGAAAUGGAUGAAUAUUUGGACGAAUGUCUUGCGGCGCAAGAUAGAAAUGCGAAAAAUUAUUGUCAAGAUGGACCAACACCACCAAAACUAAAUAGAGGUGACAAAAAUCUCGGAGCUUCUUGUGAUAGUUUCCAAUAUACCCGGGGAUCGUUAUAUCGUUCUCCUAUCGUUAAACCAGUGACUCCAGAAAAAAGUGAACAACCAUACAUUGUAGAAGGUGAUCAGCAUACUCCCUUGUUACGCACUGUCAGCAGCUAUAGGCGUCAACAAUCAGAAUUACGAACACCGAAAGGUAACCUUCUUUCGGUAUCCAAAGUUAUAGAAUCUUCUUCCGAUUCUAUGGAACCUUCGAAGGAUGAAACAAUUUUGGUACAAGAAAAAGUGAAACAUUUAUUGGACGAAGUUAGCAAGCAGCAAACGAUCAUUGGUCAAGCUAGUCAAGCUUUAAAUUUAUGCAGUUCUACGAUCGAAUUUAAUGAAUCACAGGAACAAGUUGAAGUAGAAAAACUUCUACUAGUUGCCACUCACAGAAGACAAGCUGCUAUAAACGAGAUUCAAAGAUUAAAAAUCCAGGGUACAUUGAGACCUUCUGCACCAGGUUCUCCGGAAAUAGAUGAUACUGGAUCACUUACAAUAUCAGCCAUUACAUUACCAUUGAGACGUGAAUACUUAAGAAGUAUUGCUCCAACUACUUGUCUUCAUUUCGUCUGUUUGGUACUGCAUUUGGAUGAAGUAUUAGCAACUCCCGUGGUUGUUGCUGAAUCUGGCGAUUCUUGUCUACGUUUUCCUUCGACAUUAAAAUUACAGAAUUUAUAUAGCGAUUUUAAAGUAACCGUUGAAAUUUAUUCCCUACGAACACAAGCCGAAAUGCUUCCCCAUGAAGUUAAAUAUCACAUUCAUAAUAAUGGUAAUGGACAUAAUGGUAAUAACGGCAAAGAUAAGAAGAAAACACCGAAAAAGUGUUCGAAAUUUGAUAAUCGUUUAGUGAUGCCAAGUGUUCAAAGUCCUGCAGGACCUUCUGCAAUUCAGUCUUCUGCUUUUCAACUAUCUGGUUAUAUUGUUUUCAGUCUUAAAGAAAUAAACCGUCAACAGUUCACUUUAAAUAAGGUUCCACAGCAAUCUCCAUUGGAGGGCAGGUUGCAGAUGCACAUGUCUUGUGAACCAUCAAUAACAGUGGAAUAUCGUAAUUUCUUAACAAUAUUUGAAUAUGUCUCUGGUUUUGGCAUCUGGCAAAGAAGAUGGAUGGUGCUUAAAGGAACUACAUUAUCUUACUACAAGUAUCCUCAUCACGAGGGUAAAAAGACUCCUUUAGGAAGCCUUGAUUUGCGUGGUGUUUCUACAAAAAUAGUAGAUUUAGCACCUUUUAGUAUUUGUAUGCGUGCCAAUACGGUUUUACUUGAAUCAAAAAGAGCAGCACAACCUGGGGAUACCGAUAGUCUCAUCAUGGUUACAAAUGGAUCUGAAACAACAAUUAGACAUCUUUACUCGGCCGAUACAAAAGAAGAUAGAUUGGAAUGGUGUUCAAAACUUAACAAAGUAUUACAUAUAUUACAAGUCUGGGGUAAUAGCUCUGGAAUGUAAUAUUGUAUAAAAUAAUGAAUGUGUUGUUACGUUGUAAGGUAUAUUUAAUCAUUAUUUUUAGUUAAAUGCAAUUAGUCUUAUUUUAAUGUGCGUAUG